GACUGACCUCCCGGCCACCAUGAAGGCCGUGGUGUUCCACGGCCCUAGGAAGAUUGCGGUUGAGGACCGACCCGUCCCAAAACGCAGGUCACCCCCCUUCUCCCCGGCGCCACCUUCUUCUCCUUCUUCUUCUUCUUCUUCUUCUUCCACAUACUGCGCCAAUCCGCGGCCACGAACCCGAGGCUAACUCGAGACCGCAGUGCAGGAUCCCAAGGACAUCAUCGUCAAGGUCCAGUACACGGCACUAUGCGGCUCGUGUGUUGACCCCCCGUUGUGUGGGAAAUGGGAGAUGUAUGCCGAGCAAACAUGACAUCUGACACCGUUUUCAGGGAACUGCACGUCUACCGGGGCCACCAGCCGUCCCCGACGGGUUUCAUCAUGGGCCACGAGUUCGUGGGCACCGUGGUCCAAGCGGGCGAUCAGGUCAAAUCCGUCUCACUCGGCGACACAGUCGUCGCGCCCUUCACCGUAUCCUGCAUGAAUUGCUUUUACUGCACCCACGGCGCUUCUUCGCGCUGCACCAACAGCCUCCUCUUCGGCUGCGAGGCCCUCGACGGCGGCCAGGCCGAGUACGUGCGCGUCCCGCACGCCGACGGCACCGUCGUCAAGGCGCCCGCCGAGUUGGCGGCCGCACCAAAGGGUAAGGGCGGCGGCGACGACAAGGACGAGGACGAGGACGGGAACGAGGACGGGAACGAGGAGGACGGCCGGCGCCGCGCGCUGGUCCUCAUGGCCGACAUCUUCCCGACGGGCUUCUUCGGCGCCAAGAACGCCUUCGGCCUGCUGCGGGAGCAGGGGCAGCCGGCGGGCGAGGCGGUGGUGGUGGUGGUGGGCUGCGGGCCGGUCGGGCUGUGCGCCAUCGUGUCGGCGCUCGAGCGCGGGCCCCGGCGGCUGUUCGCCGUCGACAGCGUGCCGUCCCGGCUGGAGCGCGCCCGCGCGCUCGGCGCGGAGCCGCUCAACUUCCUCGGCGAGGGCGGCGUCGAGGCCGUGCUGCGGACCGUGCGGGCGGCCACCGACGGGAGGGGCGCCGACGCCGUCAUCGAGGUCGUCGGCCUGAGCCCGGCGCUGCGGACCGCCUUCGACCUGGUGAGGCCAUUUGGCGUCAUCAGCAGUAUCGGUGUGCAUAACGCCGAGGUGGGUUAAUUUCAUUUAUUUCUUUUUCCUUUUUUUCUUUCUUUUUUUCUCUCUCCCAGCACCCGUUGCGGUUCCGCCGGGAGAGGGUAGGGGGGGUUGGUUCCUUUUGAUACUGAUUUGGUGGUUGAUAAUAGAUUCCCUGGAGCGGUGAUGAGGCGUACAGGUAAGUGUCGUCCCACCCCUUCUCUUCUUCCAAGUUGCUGCUUGUACUGACCGGCAACAGCAAGAACCUGAGGCUGCAGAUGGGCCGCUGUCCCGUUCGGUCCAUCUUCCCCGAGGCGCUGCCGGUGUUGGUGAAGAACCAGGACAA